AUGAGAGCAGCAGUCAUCGAGAACGCUGCAGGCGCAACUGCAUCUGCCCCUCCACGCCCCCUGGCUGCCCCUACCUGUCUUCGGAUAAAACAGGAGCCACAGAACAUUAGCGAGAGAGGACCCUCUCAUGCGUCACCACGGCUCAUCUGCAGCACGUGCAGCAACGCAAAGUCGAGAUCGGCUAAAAGCAAAAGGGGUCACACAUUGCCUCCCUGGGACUUGGUACCCCACCCGCGUCACAUAUUAUUCAACGAUUUGUCUCCUCUAUCUCGCCGCAGGUUCCCCCUAACGAUUUUGAACAGAGGCAAGAGGCCACAACCCGUUCGCGUGUUGAACCGGCCAAACGGUGGUCUGCACAUUGGCACAGGCAACCACCUCUCACUCAACCCUGUGAUCUGUCCCCUGCUGGCACCGGGGCUUUCCCUAAGGGUUCACGUAGGGGCACCCCCGCUUUUGGGGACUUCCGUUGAGCAAGCUUUGAGGGUGGUGGGCCCAGAAGGACACGAGGUAGAGGUCCCCGUGGAGGGGAGCGCUUCGUUGCUUAGUUUCACUUGUCCUCCGUUGCUACAGUUCUCGCCGGUGCCUCCAGGAGUGCAGCAGCAGCAGCAGUUGCCGAUAACGAACACUAGUUCUUACAGCAUUAAGGUGGCAAUAGAAAUAGCCCAAGCCGAUAUCUCUUCGUCUAUCAAAGCGUUGUUGGACCAGAAGCUGCUGCAGGUCUCUUUUCACCCUCAGCAGCUGCUCCUAGAGCCACUUGAAGUCGGUUGCAUCAACGUGCAGCUCAAGACAGACUGCCCAACAGAGGUGAGCCUCUCGCUGUUGCUGGUCUGUAAGCGAACUCCAAAGGCGCCGUCUUGCCCUCGAUGCAGCAUCGUACCCCUCAACGGGCUUCAUCCCAAGAGGUCCCUGGCUGGGGGUCGUCUGAGGGAGAAAGAGCUAAAACAGCGGGCAUCCGAAGGGAUCCAAACAAAGAUCAAUGGAGCCUCUCCCACACAACCAGAAACAGUGCAAUGGUCGGGCCUGCCCCCGAAAGUGGAGGCACAAGUGCAGCUGCAGGCGGCCAGCGUCGUUCCUCGCUGGGCAUUUACAGUUGAGGGCUCCGAGCUGCAAUGCAUCGACUUUGGGGCUUUGUACCACGGAGAGGAGCGCUGCCUGACGGUGCACGCAAACAACCUCGGGGCUAUCCCUCUUGCCAUGAGCUUCCUUGUUCCUCAGAACAGCCUGUCCUGCUACCCAGCAGGUCUAGGGCCUCGGAACCUAAACAGUUCCCCUCUCAUGCAGCUAACACAUGGAGGCAACCCUAAAGAGCUUCAGGAGAAGGCAUUGCCCUUUGACACCCUCACACUCCCGUCUUCAUUGCAGGCGCCAUCAGACCGAGAAGCCAUCCUCACCCCGCGUGUCGGGGACAGCAACACUAGCCGCAACACUGCCUACCCUGCAACAGAAACGCCUUUUAAACCCCCCAAAGCCGCUACACCAACUCAAGGGUGCCUAGGCACUGGUACUAUACAUCGCCGCAGCUCCUGCACAGUCCCCGUACUCCGUAGCUGCAGCAGUGCGCAGCAGCAGCAACAGCAACUUGAGGUGGUGCAGGCGUUUAAGCAGUCAGAAAGAGCAGCCAACCAACCUUCUUCGCCGAUUGGGCUCCAGAAGUUGGAAGGGAUUGGGCCGUUUGCUCUUGCACCAAUAGAUUUGAAUUGUUCGAAGUCAGAGGAAUGCUGUUGGUGCGAGUCUUCCAGCAGUGCAAGUCCCAAAGACACCCCCUGGGAAGCCCUCGUGGAACAGUUUAGCUCCUACCAUCAACAGGAGUCCCCAGCGGAGGCACCAAAUGGGCUUCCAGAGGAGCCGCCUGCCCCUUCAGCAAGCGUGGACGGUCCCACACUUCAAAGCAGAGGGCUGAGCCGUCGUGGGCGGAGUUCCCGUAUGUUCAGAAGAGGGGUAGACAGCAGCUCAGAUUCAAAAAAGACCGCAGGCUCCUCGAUCCUGCACCGCGGGGAGCACACAGCGUCUUCACGCGCUUCCCCUCGACAAAUUAACAUGCAGCCAGUAACGUCCCCGCCCACAGCCAGGCCCCCGCCUUCUCAGAAGCAGCAGCGCUCAACGUCCUCCCACUUCAACUCGAAGGCUGGACCUCAGCCAGAGUCAACACCUGCUACAGCUGCUGCAGUUGCUACAGCUGGUGCACCUGCAGCUGUUGUUGCUGAUGCUCCGCCUGCUUUGGGUGCUUCGGGUGCAUCUGGUACUCUUGCUGCGACUGAAGGUGCUGCUGCUGCUGUUGCAGCAGUCACAUGGAAGGAGAGGUCAGGGGCUUUGUGGGGCCCACUGGCAGCGUUGUCUGAGGAAGUGCCUCUUGGGCUGCCUCCUCCCCCUCGCCGUUCCACCUGCUCUCCCCUUUUGCCUGUAUCGCUGCAGCUGCGUCGUUUGUCAGACCCCUUCUUUGUAUUGGGAUCCCCUGGGACCUUUAGUGGCCCCCAGGAUAGCGGGGGCCUCUGUGCUAUUGAGGUGACGCCGUCUGCGUUGCUGCUGCCUCCGCGAGGCACUGCAGCAGUCCGCCUGAAAUUGCGUAGUCCACCUUGUGAACUGCAGGUAGGCUUUCAACACCUCGAGAGCUGGAAAAACGUCAAGGUGCCAGUGUCAUUUCACUUCCACGUCCUAGUGACUGUCCCCGGCCUACGAAACGCCACUUGCAGCCAUCAGCCCACCACUCUAGCUGGGCCCCGCAACCAGGCAGGCAAGUACCCUUGCAGCAGAAACAGUAACACCAGUAGCAACGCCAACAGUAGCAGUGGCGGCUGUGGCGGGAGCGAGUGCGGAGUACCUACGAUGGGAUUGUCUUCUGUACCAAAAAGAUCUGGUAAGACAUUCUCCCAUGAGCACAGCAGCCCCAUGACAGCUCGUACCCAUGCCCUGAAGACAGAGGGUCCCCAAGGAAGGCCUGUGGUGGCGAGGCUCCGCCCAGAGACAGCGGGGGCAACAGCUGGCUUGGCAGGCACUCGAAGGAGAGACACAUGCUACAACGGCAACCUCUCAAAAAGCGAUAGAGGCAGCACACCCUGCGUCCUUUCCUCGCUGCACCAGCUGCUCCUCAAGGCCAUCCCUGCAGAAACAAAUGCAGCAAAAAAAAAGGAAGAAAGGCGCCAGAAAGCAUGCACACGCUCGCCUCCUCAGUCGCUGAACCCCACCACCGACCCUUGUUACUGCUGUUGCUGCUGCCCCACAAACUGCUGCUGCUGCUGCUGCUCUACAGGCAAGCAAGCUGGCGCAGCGUAUCCAGUGCCGGGUCCUGCGCCGGGACAAGCCACUAACAGCGGCAGCAGCAGCGGCACUUCAUCCAGUGGGUUUUGUAGUGGUGUAUCGGUGGCUGCGCGUAUGGGAUGUCGAACUAAAGAAGGUCCGUAUCAACAGCUACUGAGCCCGUAUCUUCAUCAUCAGUUUUUCGCUGGGCGUUUUGAACUGAGGCUUCCGAGGCUGGAGGUAUCUCCUGGGGCCCUUCAUUUUCCUGGUUGCGUAGUGGGGGACGAACAGCAGCAGGUUCUGCUGCUGCUCAACUGCAGCAGCACGCGACAGCUGGACUUCUGCAUCGAAGCUCGGCACCCCUUUCAAUGCAAACCUGCGAGGGGCCUGUUGCCGCCUCAACAGCAGUUCAAAGUUUAUGUGACUUUUACCCCCAAGCGUUUGGGGCCCUUCGCACAGACGCUGAAGGUCGCCUUCUGCAACAAGGCCUAUAUUCGCAGCAUUCGCCUCACUGGUGCAGGCGUCAGCAACCCCAAACCAAGAACACAAGAAAGUGCGUAG